CCCCUAACAACUUCAUCUUUCUCGUUCUCUUCCUUUUCACUCUGUCUCUUUAAUAGUGUGUUAGAUUAGAUGGACAUGCUUAAGGCCAUAAAAGCUGACUUGGCAAGACUGCGAGAGAAGGAUAUAGGUAUUGGAGAAAGGCUGGUAUCUGUGGAAAGUUCACUGAAAGAGCUGAAGAGAUUGAUUUCAGAGUGUAGGGCAAAGGCGAAUUUGGUUGGUGACUUGGUGAACUUCGUCAUUCAAGCAGCGAUUGAAAAUGAUCUCAACAUUGACGAGGAAACAAUGGUCUUGAUAGAGGAAACUACAAGGGCCUUAACGGAAGCUUUGAACCAGGUUCAAUCUAGCAGUAGCUGCCCUGCUGCUGCCGAAAAUGGUGGCGGCCACGAUGAAAAAUUCAAAUAACUAAAUCAGGGAUUUACAUAGCGGAUCACAACUGCACUAGAGGCCACUGUUUUAUAGUGCUGGUGAAUCAGACUGAAACCGUUAUUGUUUGAACGCGAUAUCCACAAUUACUAUAAUAGUAUAUGUUGUGUA